UGCUGAUCGUUGUUAAAUAGACGGAGCUACAGGUAUUCUGUUGUAUGAUCAGGAACACAGGAUACUAUUUACUCAAGAUUUGAUUACGGAAUCCUUCUUUAUUGAGAUACUGUGUACUUGUCGUCGACUAUUUCAUUUGUUUGAGUUGGAUUUCAUGAGCUAGGCUUAUGUUUUGUUUUUGGAAGCCAUUUUAGGCCGUGCUUUUCCUGCAUCAUGGCAUCGCGCAGCCAGUUGCUAGCUAGGCUGUUGUCAGCUAACUAGCAACUUCAAGUGUUUUUCGUUUUUAUUUCGAUGUCAUCUGACACAUAGUUUAUCGGUGGAAUCGUGGACUGGACUUUGACGAUACUGUGUGAAGUGUAUACAUCGAAUUGGAUGGACUCUAUUUCUUUACUUGGCCUGGAACCAGAGGACGAGCUAAGCCAUACGGCCCUUGGACAUUGCCAGAACGAGCAAUCUCGGCGAAGAGAUUGUCUGGACAUUUAAUCACACUUCUGCAUUAUCACGUGGAAAACAAUCUUUUGCAGUAGUAUUGACUGUGACGUACUGAAACAGAACUGACAGCCACUGUUUGUUCAGAGUCGUAGUUCUUUGCUUGUGGACUACCGAGCAGGAGACUGCGUACUUGUGUGGUUAGCUAGGUGCUGUAGUUAGCUAACGGCUACCAUUGAGUAAAAUCAGGUUUAACAUGGAACUUAAGGGAGUUCCCGGCUGAAUAUUGGUAGCCACUUGCUUUGUUGGUUUCACAAAGGGAAAGGUUUUCACCAACACAGCGAAUUGUAUGUGUAAUUGAUUGUGUUAUUUUUGUUAUAUCCAGAGGAAUUGUUUUAGUUAAAAUGUCUUGUGUGCAUUAUAAAUUUUCCUCUAAACUCAACUAUGAUACGGUCACUUUUGAUGGCCUUCAUAUCACGUUGAGUGACUUGAAGCGACAAAUCAUGGGUCGUGAGAAGUUGAAGGCCUCGGACUGCGAUUUACAGAUCACAAACGCACAAACAAAAGAGGAAUACACGGAUGAUGGAGCCCUCAUUCCGAAAAAUUCAUCGGUAAUCAUAAGACGAAUUCCAAUUGGUGGGGUAAAGUCAGCUGGCAAAACGUUUGUCAUUGAUCGCUCUGAACCUACAAGUGGAUCUACUAAAGCAAUUGAUGAUUCUGCUGCCUCCAUUUCACUGGCCCAGCUCUCCAAGACAGCCAAUCUCGCUGAAGCGAAUGCAUCAGAGGAAGACAAAAUUAAAGCUAUGAUGUCUCAGUCAAAUCACGACUAUGAUCCAAUCCAUUACACAAAGAAACUUGGACCUCCUCCGCCAAACUAUACGUGCUUUCGCUGUGGGAAAACUGGCCACUACAUCAGAAACUGUCCAACGAAUGGGGACAAAAGUUUUGAGGCGCCCCAGCGGAUAAAGAAGAGCACAGGGAUACCCCGCAGCUUCAUGGUGGAGGUGGAUGACCCCAGUAUAAAGGGAGCCAUGCUGACCAACACCGGAACAUUCGCCAUUCCCACCAUAGACGCGGAAGCCUACAAGAUUGGCAAAAAGGAGAAGCCUCCGUUCCUUCCUCAGGAGAAGUCGUCAUCCUCAGAAGAAGAGGACCCUGUGCCCGAUGAGUUGUUAUGCCUGAUCUGUAAAGACCUGAUGACUGAUGCUGUGGUCAUUCCCUGCUGUGGAAACAGUUAUUGCGACGACUGUAUCCGAACGGCCCUAUUGGAGUCAGAGGACCACGUCUGUCCCACAUGUAACCAGUCAGAAGUUUCACCCGACGCUUUGAUAGCCAACAAAUUUUUGCGCCAGGCUGUAAAUAAUUUUAAGAACGAGACGGGGUACAUGAAGCGACUGCGGAAAGCGGCGGCACAACCCGUCAUUCCGACCCAGCCCCGCAUACAGCGACCUGUCCAGUCUCUCAAACCCCACACCUCUCAUCAGCAGGACCCGCUGAGGGCCAACGCUCAGCGUCCUCCAGCUGCCAACACGCCACCGCAGAAUGCACCUGCCACAACCUUACCUCCAGCUGUCACUCAGCAGCCCUCCAACACGCCUCCCUCUGCCAGCAGUUCCUCUGUGCCCAGCAGCAGCAGUGUACCCGCCGGAUCCGGCUACAGCCCGUCUGUGUCCUCCCCCCCGCAUGCUGGCAGUCAGGAGGAUCCAUCCAUUGCUAAAUCACACUCUCCUCUCUCUCAAUCUGUCAGACAACCAGAGAAUGUUGUGCCAGCGCCGUCUGUUGUCGUUUCAUCAGAACUACCUCUACCAACACCUAUUCCAAAAGGAUACCACGUUCCAGUGAUUGGACCGCCGCCAUCCCUCUCACACCCAGUUCACAGACCAGGACAACCAAGAUCCGCUGCCCCAAGGCCAACAGCAGGAAGGCCCACAUGGGAUCCGCCCUCUGGUAGAGGCAAGACCCACACUGAACGGCCUCCAAGGUCACAGGCCCCACCUGUGCAGCCUCCUCCACCGGUGGCCCCUCCGGUGUAUGUUCCUCCUACUGUUUUUGCCCCCCCACCGCACCCGAUUCCCCAGCCACCCGGCGUGGUUCCACCACAGUACCCGAUGCAGUACCCCCCAGGGCAGCAACCUGCCCCUGCUUACACCGUGCCCCCUCCGGGCUAUCCUCCUGCCCCUACGAAUGUUGCUCCUCCGUGGGUGCCACCUGGUACUCAGCCCCCCUUGGCUAACUCUAUUCCCCCUUUGGCACCAGCUCCUUUCCUCUCAAAAGAGGAGUUCUACAGGCAGCAACGCAGGCUGAAGGAAGAUUCGCACUGUCGAUUCGUUACCAGGGAGAAGUCUAAACUCGAGGAAUUCGCCAAUGACUUCGCCAAAGAGUUACUGGAGUACAGGAAGAUGCAGAAGGAGAGAAGGAGGUCCUACUCAAGAUCGAGAUCUCCAUACAGAGGAGGCUCGUCCUACAGUGGCUCGUCCUCUUACUAUUCCAAAUCACGUUCCCGGUCACGUUCCCGCUCCUACUCGAGAUCUCUGAGCCGUUCUCGCAGCAGGUCACGUUCUCUCUCGCGUUCACGUUCCCGGUCUCGCUCUUACACCCCGUCUCCAUACUCCCGUCGCAGAGGCAGAGGACGAAGCAGCAGCUACCGGUCCAGGUCACGUUCCCAUGGUUACCGCCGAUCCCGUUCCCACUCUCCGGCCCAUAGGGGGCGGGACGGAGGGAUGGGCAGCAGCUCUUAUCACUCCCGGUCCAGAUCACCGGAUUACAGGAACCCCACCAAGAAGAUGCCUCACAGUGGCCAGCUAGAGACAGACCGCAAGUACAUGAACAGAUAUCGAGAUCCUCCCGUUUACGAAGCCAAGACCUACUACGGCCAUACCUUUGACCAGAGCGACCCCUAUGAGAGAGAACGGUACAGGGAGUGGGAGAGAGAGUACAGAGAAUGGUAUGAAAAAUACGGCAAGAGCUACAACAGCGCUCCGGGCGGCCAGCUCCGUGGACGUGGACCGCUGCUCGGUCGAGAUCCAUACACCCCUGAACGCUUCCCGUCUCCCAGAGGCAGGGACAACUCCCCUUACGCAAGGGGACGUCGAGAGGACUACCCUCCGCCUGCUCAAGGUCACGGGGUUCCUCCAAGAGGUCGCAACACGCCCAUGACAUAUCAGGAGAAGUGCGCUGAGAAGUACGGCCACCUGCACGUGAACCACUCCGUGCCAGGCAGAGGGAUCGGCAAAGAGCCUCCAAAAACCACCAAAGACAGGGAGACCAGUGGGAGCGCCGGAAUGGACGCAAAGUGCCUGAAGCAUAAAAAACACAGAAAGAAGAGGAAGGGAGAAGAUGGUGACGUUUUCAGUCAUUCCGACUCCAUGGACGACACCAGGAAGGACGAUCGUAAAGGGGAUUCUGUGCUGAUGAGCUGUAGCCGCGAUGAUGCCACACCGGUCAGGGAUGAGCCCAUGGACAGCACUGCUGUUCCCUACAAAAGCGCCUCAGACAAGGAGAAGAAGGAGAAGACCAAAAGCAAAAUAGAGAAAGUGAAACGCAAGCCAGAGAGUGCUGUUCCGAAAAAGGAACCCCUAGGGAAGACCCAGAAGUUGUCCAGGGAGUCGGAUAACGAAAAUAAAACUGCGUCUGCAGACCCAGCCAUUAAGAGGGUUAAAGAGGACACAACGCACAAGACGGAUCCGGGUAAAAUGCAUUCCUCUGAGAAACUCAUGCUUCCCCGCAAGUUGAUGCAGCGGCAAGUGAAACCUGCUCAAGAGCUCAAGCCCAGCAAAGAUGAGCCAAAGAUCAAGAGGGAGCCUGUGAAAGAGCCCACGAAGUCUGACAAAGCCCCUGCCAAAGACCUAAAGCCCAAGAAAGAGGUUGAGAAGACCAUCAAAACUGAGGAAAGAGGUUCCAGCAAAGCUGCUGAGCCCAAGUCAGACAAAAGGAAACGUAAAGAUGAGAAGGCGCCCGUGAAAGCUCUGGACAGUCCUCCAGCAAAGACCCCGAAAGUAGACUUGGCUGAGGCACCCAAAGAAUCGCUGAAGCCCAAGGUGAAACAAGAGAUUGAGAAACCUGCAGAGAGGGAAAAACCUGCUAUUCCAGCACUUAUGGACAUAAAGCCCGAGCCCCUGAGGAAGAUCAAGAUCAAUCGAGAAAUUGGCAAGAGAAUCGUCAGUACUGAUAGACCAGGCUCCGCUGAGGACCCUGCUCAAGCCGCCGGGAAGAACAGACCUGACAAGGCGAAAGGCAAGCCUCGGAGAAGGGUACCGGCACAGGAUGAAUCGGACUCUAUGUUGGUUGAUUAUACCAGUACCAGCUCCACGGGUGGAAGUCCCAUCAAAAGGCAAAAAGUCGACUCGAAGAAGAUAAGGGUGAAAACCUUGGAGGAGUACACCAACGACAGCUCCACUCCUGCCGAGGACGAAAUUGUCAUGAUCCAGGUGCCUCGCUCCAAGUGGGAGAAGGAGGACUACGAAUCGGAGGACGACGACUCCAAGGCUUUACCUCCCUCUGGAAAUCGCAACCACGCUGCUGCUGCCACUCCUCCGACGGCGGAGAACGCUGCUGUGAAAUCAAAAGACAAGGAGUCUCCACGUGCGGACAAAACCCUCUCGUCUCUUAAAGACGCCGGCACAGACGUCAAGGGCGGAAAGGAUCCCGCACCGAGUGACAAAGAGAAGAAGGAAGGUGACAGGGACCUGGAGAGAGACGUUGAGAGGCAACGAGAGAGGGAGAGAGAAAAGGAGAAAGAUCGGGAAAGAGAGAGGGGCAAAGAGCGUGAACGGGUCGCUGCGGACCGAGACUCCUCAGACAGGAGGAGGCCCGCUCCCUCCAGUCAAGACAGAGAUAGGACACAGGAGAGGAGCAGUGACCACGGCAGUGAGAGGAGUUCUUCCUCCUCCCAGUCGUCGUCCAGAGACCGACCCACUGAAAGGAGCGAUGUGGGUUCCAGAAAACCAUCCGACAGAGAGCAUAGCACAACUUCCUCUGAUAGGAAGCCCGAGCACAGAAGCGGUGGCAGGGAUCAUUCGGAUCUGAGACAGAGAGAUGAGAAAGCCAGAGAUCCCGUAUGGAGGAGGGACUCCCCUCCGCCGCCCUCAAAGGCCAGGGACAAGGAUAUGCACCCUGACCCAUCCAAGAGGACGUCAGCGCUGCCACAGGAGUCACACUGGCCUGAUCACAGCCCCUCCAGAGAUAAGAAACCAACAUCCCAUAAUGCUCCAGAACCGAAUAAAACGGCAGAGGAGCACAGACGGGAUAGGUCGUCGAGUAGAGAACGCCUGAGCCUUAGGCACUCGGAUAUGCGAGAUGUGCGAACCACUAAAGACGCUAGAGAGGUUGGUGGGCACAGGACUCCCCACAGGGCAGCGUCCCCAGAUACCAGGACUGACGGUGAGAGGGGAACCCCCCGCGGGGGGGAUAGAGAUCACCCCAAAAUCAAGCCCCCGUCCGUACGUUCCAUGCGCCUGUCUUCCGACCUCGCCCGGGAGACCGACGAGGCGGCGUUCGUCCCGGACUACAGCGAGAGCGACAGCGACGCGUCCGACGGCGGGCAGAAAGCGGAGCCGAGAGGGCGUGACCGGGACAGCAGCGGCAGCCCCAGCCGCAGCCAGAGCCGCAGCCCCUCGGGCAGCCACGCCCGCAGCAGCAGCGCCAGCUCCACGGGCAGCCAGGACAGCAAGAAGAGAAAGAGAGACAAGAAAGAGAAAAAGGAGAAGAAAAAGCAUAAAAAACACAAGAAACACAAAAAGCAUAAGAAGCAUACCAGCAACGAGUCUGAUUCGGAGAUGAAAGGACAGAAACACAAGCAUAAAAAGAAAAAGUCCAAAAAAAGCAAGGAUAAAGAAAAGGACGAGAAGGAAAAGGAGGAGAAGGAAGACCAAAAGCCUAAAGCAUCCAUAUGAAAAAUUGAUGAAAACUACACUUUUUUUUUCUUUUUUUCUUUUUUUUAAAUUAAUGUUGAGCCUUUGAUUUAAUUGACUUCAGUUUGUGUUUUGUAUUGUAAUCCACAGAGGGUCAAAAUAAUAUUGUGAAUAUU